AUGCCCCCCCGCGCAGAAACUAGCUACUUUGUCGGAUUCGACGGGGAUCACGGCCAUGUGUAUCUAGUUUAGUAUCCCGAUUUGAACAAGGUGAAAAAAAUUGAGGGACGUGACUUUCUAUGAAGAUUGUACGUACAGAGAUGACUGUAAAGAGCCUGGUAGAGCAGCUGCCGCGUCUACCCCUAAGGGUCCGAUCAUGCCGGAGACGGGCACUUCGAUCAAUUCUGGAAAGACCCUUUUGCAUGAAGCAAUUGCAAAGAUCGAUACCGCUAAGGAUCUCCCUGCGCAGAUCUGAACCACCUGCUACGAGCACCUCCUCCGCCGCCACCGCUCCGAGGCGGUCACAACGCACUACGCAAAGGCGGAUCGCACUUCGAUGUCGACCGAAGGGGUUGAUGUCAACGAAUACCAGAGCCUUGCGCAUGCACGCCCCAACCACGGCGGAUGCAAAGGCGUUGAAAGCCGUGUACAGAUAUCUACGCGAUACUACCUCCUACGGGAUCACGCUGGCGGCCCCAUCACCUGGUCAUCCAACAAACAGAGCGUUGUUGCACCCUCCUCUACCGUUGCAGAAUACUGCGCGUAUGAUGCCGCCGCGAAGGAUGCCCUGUGUGUCAAGAAGUUGGCGCAGGCGUUUGACCUCAAGAUAUCGGAUACCGGCAAGAUACCUAUGUUCAGCGACGCUGCUAAUUCGCUACGAACCCUUAACCACGGCACCUACACCCGAUCCACCAGAUGGCUAGAUAACCGCUACUUAUUCGUGGCAGACCUCAUUAAAUUGGAUGUUAUAUUAAUC